AAGUGACGCGCCUGCGCAGCGUACCCGGGAACCAGGUUGUCAGUGACGUCACUCCCCGAGGAGAGCAGACCAGACACGCGAGGUAUUGGUGGGUACAACCGAGAGGAGUACAGACGACAGGAACAUGCCACGCAAGAAACCGAAACCGAAGCAGCCUUCAAGGGACAGCGACUUGCAAGACACAGCGUCAUCUCCGCCUUCAACAUCACAAGUUCAAGAUGAUGAAGGUGAAAUCACUCCAGUGGAAAUUCAAAUGAGGACAGCUGGAGUUCCUGAGGCAACAAAAUUGAAAUUUUUCAUGCGCAAAGGGACUGUGAUAAGUGUCCACAUGAACGAUGCUUUGCCACUGACGCAUUCGUCGUUGUGGAACUGUACUCCAACCUGCUUUGUGGACCUGACUACUGAACUCUGCAAAGCACUUUGCCAAUUUGAUAACAAAUCUAAGCAUGAUUACAAUGCUUGUCUGUCCAAAAUGGAAAAUGGAAAUAUACAAUUUGUCUUUGGACAUGACAAGAAGGAUGAGGCCGUGAAAAUGGCAAGUGACUAUGAAGUUGUGAAAGACAUGAUGGAAGAACUUUUUAAACAAAUUGAUGUGGAAAUGACCGAUAUCAGAAUAAAAAUAGAAGUUCUGUCUCCGACGAAUAGUCCAAAAACGAGGAUGCGUCACCCACCACAAAAAACUGCAGGAAGAUCACACGACAGAGAACAGAAGCCUGACAACAGUGCUGAACAAGAAAACGCCGCAAUAGGCGAUGAAACUGCAGGAAGAUCACAUGACAGAGAACAGAAGCCUGACAACAGUGCUGAACAGGGCGAUGGUAAAGCGAGUUAUUGUCGUUUGGGUCUGUAUACAAUCUCUACAGUGAACUUCCUCUUUUGCUACUCAACAACAUGAAUUAUCAUUGCAAAACCACGGUUGUUUGUAUAAUAGCUUUCGUUUUCCUUCCUUGGUCACAAUAACAUGUGUGAGAGCGACCUGGUGCCAGACAGCAUUUGAUCGAUCUGUCAACAUUCAGUUUGUUUAUAUAAUAAUCACGUGACAGUUUUUAUUCACGAUUUUUGCUUUUAUGCAUUUGUUCAUUCAACAUCAUACGUUAUACAUUGAAAAACUAACCUAAACUAGUCUUUGGCAGAGUAUUGCGUAUUCCAACGGCAAGAGAGGUAAAACACCUGUAAUUGAACAAAAAGAGAACCAAAACAUGUG